AUGUCUGGUCGUGGAAAGAAGGUCACCAAGCCUGCAGCUGGCAAGACAUCCAAAUCCGCUAAGGCAGGUCUCCAGUUCCCAGUUGGCCGUAUCCACAGGUUCCUGAAGAAGGGAAACUAUGCAGAGCGGAUUGGGUCUGGAUCUGCUAUCUACAUGGCAGCUACUCUGGAAUAUCUCUGCGCAGAGGUCUUAGAGCUGGCAGGAAAUGCUGCCAGAGACAACAAGAAAUCCAGGAUUUUACCCAGGCACAUCCAGCUGGCAGUCAGGAAUGAUGAGGAACUGGCUAAGCUGUUUGAUGGCAUCACUAUUGCUGAUGGGGGUGUCUUGCCAAACAUCCAUGCCCAGCUUCUACCAAAGAAAACCUUUAAAGGCUCCUCAUCACAAGAACCUAAAGCUGCUGAAUCCCAGGACUUUUAA